GAGCUAAAAAAUGUCAGUCUGGUAUUGGGAUGCGGGAGGAGGCAGGAGGCAGGAGGCUGACAUAGAAGGGUAAAGAAACCCGCGUGCGGUUACUAAUUUGAUAUCUACAGCGAUGUUUUAAUCGUUUAUGGUAAUUUGCGUGCGUCUCCUUCUUUAACAACUCCAAGAGCCAAUUCAAAUUCGGCCAAACCUCUGAAACAGUACAGAUUCCCGGCUCAGAGUUCCUCUUCCCCAAAACAAACAAGAAAUAUAUAUUAUUACUAAAUUCUCAGCCUCACAUUUUCACACACCCAAUUCCCGAAGUCUCUUUUACUCUGUCGCUCUCACAGUCAAAUGAGUUUCAAGAAGAAAACGCCAGCUUGGGUUUUGCGCGACAGAGAAAAAGACUUUACUUUUGAGAACCUUUGAGAACAUCAUCAUGGCUUUCAUCGGAGGUACGACGCGCUGAAGCUGAAACGUCGUCGUUAGAGAGUAAGGGGGCUUUAUUUGUUUUUAUAUAAUCCACUGCAACAUGUAUGUUUAGCUUGCAAUGUUUGUGGAUCCGAAAGUCCAAGGUUGACUCGCUCUGCCUCUGGGUUUGCUGUGCAUUGUGUUUGUCUGUGCUCAAACGUGAUAGUAUUUCUUGGGGGAAGAAGCUUACACUCACUGUUUCAUAGUAUAAAAUCGUGGGUUUUAAGGGUUUUUGAUCUUCAAGCAAUGGAAAAUGCCGCCACUAAACCCUCUAAACCCUCCUCAAACAUAUCCGAAAUUGUCUCCAAAUUCGCAAAAGUUUGUAAGUUGAGAUCCAUUGGUGUUUUCCCCUCUGAAAACGCUAAUCAUCACCAACAUCACCAUCACAGUUACUGUGACCCCAAUAACAAUACUCCCCCAUUGGCCGAGGAUAGCAGCGAUGUAACCGAGGAGACCGAAUGUGACAGUGAGAAAAUUCAUCCUCAGCACGUUGAAGUUUUGAGCAGAAGCAACGUGUGUGGCGACAGGGAGAUUAUGAAGUUAUUUGACAUAGUUUCAGCACUGAAGUUGGCUUAUGUUCAGCUUCAGGAAGCUCAUAUUCCCUACAACCCAGAUAAGAUUAUAGCUGCUGAUCAACUUGUUGUAGCUCAGCUUGAAGCACUCUGCAAGAUCAAGCGUGCAUGUAAGGAGAGGCAAUUCAGGAAUAAGGCAAAGUUUCUGUCCUCUGCAAGCAGUCACUUGCAAAAGGAAAUUCAAUUUAGUGAGAUGCUGUUGGAAGAAUUGAAGUCCCAAGUCAAAUCUAAAAACUCUGAGAUUCUUUGUUUGCGAAAUGAGCUUCAGGAUUUGGAGUUGGGAAAUAUGGGAAUGGUCGAGAAGAUCAGGCAGAUAAGUCUGGAGAAGAAGAAUGCAAGUGUUUUGGGCAUUACUACACUCGAAGACAUUUUCAAAGCUGCUUCCAAGUCCAUCCAUGAUUUUGCAAAGCCAUUAAUUAGCUUGAUGAAAGCUUCAGGUUGGGAUCUAGAUCUGGCAGCAAAAUCGAUUGAAGAUGCAGUUGUUUAUUCCAAAAGGUCCCACAAGAAGUAUGUGUUUGAAGCCUACAUAGCCUGGAGAAUGUUUUAUGGGUUUACAUUUAGAUGCUAUAAUGUGGAAGGUGUUAUGAGGUUUGAUGAUCCAAUUGAUGCUCUGACAGAAUAUCCAAAUUCAGAUUUUGCCAAAUUCUGUGCAGAAAAGUAUCUAUUAGUUGUUCAUCCAAUGUUGGAAGCAUCAUUCUUCGGGAAUCUUGAUCACAGGACAUUUGUGUUGAGUGGCAAGCAUCCCAGGACACCGUUCUACCAAAUAUUUGCAAAGAUGGCAAAGUGGAUCUGGGUUUUACAAGGCAUUUCAGCCUCAAUAGAUCCCAAAGCAAAAGCAUUUACUGUCCACAGAGGUAGCAAAUUCUCUGAUGCUUACAUGGAAUCCAUCGAGGCGCAUAUGGAACGUGCAGCUGAGGAUGAAGAACAAGCUACGACACUUAAAGUUGAACUUAUGGUCAUGCCUGGAUUCAAAAUUGGAGAGACAUUGUUGAAGUCUCUGGUGUAUCUCUCAGAACUGAAAUCUUGACUUAGUACUUGCUGAUCGAGGUGCUUGGACUAACUGGUAACUUGACAGAACCUAAUGACCUCUUGGUUUGAAAAUGUUGAUAAUUAGCUUAAGGUAGUUGACAACUGUUAUUGAAGUUUUUGAGCCAUAGCUGGUAGUUUUUGAGUUUAUAACUUCCAGCUACUAGUUUUUUGGUAAAUCUGCGUGGUAGACAGCAAGAACCUUGUUAAUUACUUUCUGAGCUGUAUAUAGAUAUCUUCUUAAUGAUGCCAUCAUAUUACUUUUUCA